GAGAUCACAGAGGUCGAUCCAUCCCGUAGAUCGGCCAGCCAUGGCAUCCUCCGAGCUCACCUACCGCGGCCACGACGCGCAGCCGCAUGUCGACGGCGCCGGCGCGUACGCGGCGGCCGAGAACAAGCCGAGGAAUAAGCCGCUGUCGCAGCCCCUGCGGUACGUCCUGGGCGAGCAGCGCCUGGCCUUCGCCCUGGUCGGCAUGGCCAUCGCCACCCUCGUCUUCCUCCUCCUCUCCCCCUCCUCCACCACCACCACCACCACCACCACCAACAUGGCGAGCCUUGCCGCGACGGGCCUCGUCUCCCGCCAGUACACCUCCAACGGCGCGGGCCGGAUGGCGUACGAGUCCCGCCUCCCCGCCGGCGGGCGCGUGCCGCUCGGCCUGAAGCGCAAGGGCCUGCGCAUCGUGGUGACCGGCGGCGCCGGCUUCGUGGGCUCCCACCUGGUGGACCGCCUGCUGGCGCGCGGCGACAGCGUGAUCGUCGUCGACAACUUCUUCACCGGCAACAAGGAGAACGUGGCGCACCACGCCGGCAACCCCAACUUCGAGAUGAUCCGCCACGACGUCGUCGAGCCCAUCCUGCUGGAGGUGGACCAGAUCUACCACCUCGCCUGCCCGGCCUCCCCCGUGCACUACAAGUUCAACCCCGUCAAGACCAUCAAGACCAACGUCGUCGGCACCCUCAACAUGCUCGGCCUCGCCAAGCGCGUUGGGGCUAGGUUCCUCCUCACCAGCACCAGCGAGGUCUAUGGUGACCCCCUCCAGCACCCGCAGGUCGAGACCUACUGGGGGAACGUCAACCCCAUCGGUGUGCGGAGCUGCUACGACGAGGGCAAGCGGACGGCGGAGACAUUGACCAUGGACUACCACCGCGGCGCCAACCUCGAGGUGAGGAUUGCUCGGAUCUUCAACACCUACGGGCCACGCAUGUGCAUCGACGAUGGCCGGGUCGUCAGCAACUUUGUCGCUCAGGCACUGAGGAAGGAGCCCCUGACGGUGUACGGCGACGGCAAGCAGACGAGGAGCUUUCAGUACGUCUCCGAUCUGGUUGAAGGCCUAAUGAAGCUGAUGGAGGGCGAGCACAUCGGCCCGUUCAACCUCGGCAACCCGGGGGAGUUCACCAUGCUGGAGCUGGCCAAGGUGGUGCAGGACGUCAUCGACCCCAACGCCAAGAUCGAGUUCCGGGCCAACACCGCCGACGACCCGCACAAGCGCAAGCCGGACAUCACCAAGGCCAAGGACCUGCUCGGGUGGGAGCCCAAGAUCCCGCUCAACAAGGGCCUCCCGCUCAUGGUCCAGGACUUCCGCAACCGCAUCUUCGGCGACCAGAAGAACCCAGACACCGCCCAGUAGUGAUCCGGCCGGAGGAAUCGUCAAGGGAGAGAUGUUGGAGGAUGACAGUGCUGGGGUGAACCGGAAGGAUGAAUAGGCUGGAGAUUAAUGAAACCGAGGAGGAUGAUACACAAGUGUGUAGGUUGUUUAAUUAGUGGAGUCAUACAGAGAUCGAUGUAGCUUUGCUAAUGCUGCAAGAACCAUAGAUGACCCAUGGGUGGAUGGGUGGAGUAGUGUCUCGAACUCUUGAUGCACGCAGCAACAAGAUACGGCAUCGCACCCUCCCAAUGUUGUUAAUUUGUUUGUUCGACUUGUUCUCCUUUUACAUGCUCCGUUCCCACACUC